GCGAAGUGUCGCAGAGUCGCGAGUCGGCGAGGAGCGCGCUGUCAGCCCAGUGCCCGCGUCCCCGGAUCCACUGCGGCCAUGGCCAGCGAGGAGCUGGCGAGCAAGCUGCAGCGGCGACUGCAGUGGCAGGGGGUGGACGGCGGGCUCCAGCCUGCGCCCCGAGCCGCCCCAGGCCCGGAGCCCCAGCCGCAGCCAUCCGCCUGGGCGCCCACCACCAGAGCCGACGCCGAGCUGAGCGCGCAGCUGAACCGACGGCUGGACAUCAACGAGGGCGCGGCGCGACCCCGCCGCUGCAAGGUCUUCCACCCGUACUCCGAGUUCCCCGAGUUCAGCCGCCGUCUCAUCAAGGACCUGGAGAGCAUGUUCAAACUAUAUGACGCCGGAAGGGAUGGCUUCAUUGACCUGAUGGAGCUGAAGCUGAUGAUGGAGAAGCUGGGGGCCCCCCAGACCCACCUGGGCCUGAAGAGCAUGAUCAAGGAGGUGGACGAGGACUUCGACGGCAAACUCAGCUUCCAUGAGUUCCUGCUCAUAUUCCACAAGGCCGCAGCGGGGGAACUGCAGGAGGACAGCGGGCUGAUGGCGCUGGCCAAGCUUUCUGAGAUCAAUGUUGCCCUGAAGGGCGUCAAAGGUGCCAAGGACUUCUUUGAAGCCAAGGUCCAAGCCUUGAACUCUGCCAGUAAGUUUGAAGCGGAGCUAAAAGCGGAGCAAGAUGAGCGGAAGCGGGCAGAAGAGAAGAGGAGGCUCCGCCAGGCAGCCUUCCGGGAACUCAAGGCCGCUUUCAGUACAUAGUUGGGCUGACCUUGACCUCUGGCCACAGCUGUGCCUCACAGAUGCCCCAGGGAGAGCUGGCCGGCCAUCCUCACCCCUGCUGACCCUUUGCCCCAACAACCACCACCCAGCGCAAACUCCUUAACCUCACAGGGGUGGCGGGGGGCGGCUCUCAUCUCCAUUUGGGAGCCCCUCCCAGAGGUUCCAGCUGCCCCUCCCCACCCCCAGUCCCUCUCCUGCUCGCCUUCCUCUACCCUUCUCUGUAGCCGGAAUGUGCCUCGACGUGGCAACCUUUACUCUUUCCUUAUCUCUUUCCCACUCCACAUCAGAGUGGUCUGCUGUGUUAAUUUGUACAGAUGCUUCUUUCUUUGGUGGUCCUCCGAGGACAUAGUCCCUGGAGGCCUGUGACAUUAAUGUUGUCCAUUUUCUUGGGUCAUCCCUUUCUGUGCCUCUUCCCGUCAUGCCCCUCUCUCCUUUGUUUCUCAUCCAACUUCCCUGUUCUCAUUCUUAGCCUGAUCCUGCCGGGUGCUUUUGCAUCUUCUGUCCUCUGAUGAUAGUGAGGUUUAAGGCAGGCCAGGCUGGACCACUCCCUAUCCCCUCUGCAGUCGGGGGCACGGCGUGCUGCUGAGAUGACACAAAACAGUGAAAGGAGAGGAGAUUCUGUUCCUUCCCAUCACCUUUCUCCUGUCCUCCUAGCAUUCCCCCUGUAUCUAUCCUUUUCUUUCUUCUUCCCACUUCAGCCUUUUUUUCCCUACCCCUAAAUACUGUGCUACUUAACUGUAAGAAUGAUUAUAAGUAGUAUUAAUGAGUAGAAGAGUUCCUGUUCACUCUGACUCCAUGCAAAUUAUAUUACAGUAGACCCCUGACAUUCCCAAGUGACAAAUCCAGAGCCUUUCAACAUCCCCAGUCACGACCGUCCUCACCACCUAGCUGGUUUCCAACCUCUGCUCUAAGGUGCUGAGGUGAAGCUGUUCUUCAGCAUAAUUUUUUAUAUGUUAUGAGUUCUUGGGAUUGCUCACAAAUAUCAGGGGUUUUUUGUAUUUUAUAAAAGAAUUUCUAACAUCAUAUUUAUUUCUUCUCUUUUUUACCUGCUGUCUCUACAAAAAAGAAAACAUCUGCAUUUUUACCUUACGGCUGUUCUUUUUAAAUAAACAGUGCAAAUGGACUUUGCCAUCACAUCACUGUGCUUCUAGUCUUCUGUGCAUUGGAGGGGAGAGAAGGG